UGACUUUAUUUCAUUCUGUCUCUUCUAAAACUGGCUUAAACAUGUUUUUUUUUGUCAAACGGGAAAACUAGUUUAAAACCUAUUGGUGCCUCUGCUAAGAUUCUCUCAGGAGAAGAUAACUCUAAAGAAAAGUUUGAUCUUCCUGUUGAUGUUUCACCUGACCAGCUGACAUGUAUAUUGUAAGGUUGUUCAACGUGUGAAUAGAUUAUUAAAUAUUCCGUGAUAUGGUGUUGUGGACACUUUAAAAUGCCAUAAAAUAUAGAUUAUUGCAUUCAGCUAAAUAAAUGACUUUUCGAAGAAUGAAAGUAAUUUUUAGAAGAACCAUUCUAGGCAACAUAGCUGCACUUUGUUUUGUUGCGUCUAUUGUAGUGCUAUACUUGUGUUUAUUAAGAUACAAUACAGCCAAUACACAUUUUGACAUAAGAUCUCAUGAUAUAAAGAAGAGGUAUAUCAGAGGUGAACCACUGCAGAUCAAAGUUCCUUGGAAGAAGCUGCUACAUUCAAAUGUCUACAAAGGAAAAGGGGGUAACUGGUCUAGAAGAACUGGCCCAAACUCACCAUUGAGUUUGUUUGUAGUAGAAGAACACCAUGAAGUUAUACCUUAUUGGUUUGAUGCUGCUAAUGCUAAAGCAAUAUCUCAUCAUGGCAAUACCUUGAUUCAUAUUGAUGGACAUGAUGAUAUGGCACCACCUGUACAUUUUCCAGACUAUCCAACAUUUAGUUGGCCCAAAACAAAGCAAGACUUCAAGUUGCUAAUGCAAAGAAAUGAUGUCUUUAUAAUUGAAGCCAUUAUAUCUGGACUGAUCAAAAGAGUAAUUUGGAUAUGGCCAGAAUGGGACAAAAAGAAUCAUAAUUCUUCGUAUUCUGUCCAACACAAUCAGAUUGGAAUAGCUAACGUAAAGAGGAGGGAUAAUACUCAGUAUGAGGUUUUCUGUAUAUGUGAAUUUCAACAAAAAUCCUCUCUUUACAAUUGCUACUACCCAGAUUAUGAAAGCGAUAAUGUUACUGCCAUUUCAAUUCCUAAAAAGAAAUGUCGUAUACAAAGAACCUAUACUGUUGAAGAAAUACAAGAAAAUGUUGCUGUAAAAUAUGUGAAUAACGCAAAAUGGCUUUUAAAUAAUGAGGAAAUUAUUCUUGAUUUGGAUGAGGAUUAUUAUGGAUGUGUUUAUGCAUCUCAGCCUCUUCUUGACUUAGGAGUAAAGGAAGUGGAGCUGAAACACAUAAACAAUUAUUUAGACAAACUAAUAUGUCCAAAAUCUCUUGCUCAAGAACGAUAUGUAGACAAUAUAUUGACAACAGCUUUAGACUUAUUUAGACGAUUUUAUACUUGUCAAAACCCAAAACAACCAGUUGCAAUUAACAAAAAUUGUCCGAAGUUAUCAAAAAUUACGUCUGAAGUUAAUGCAUAUCUACAGAAAAUUUUAUGGCAAAAUAAAAAGAUUCAUCUCUGCUCAAAGCAACACCAUGCUGUUAAAUAUGCCAUCAGUGAAAUCAUACACUCUUUUCAAAAAUUAGGUAUAAGGCAAUUGAAAGCCAUGCAAAGGGUUGGCUUUUGUUUAAAUACAUCUCCAAAGACUUACAAAGUGACAUUUCCCCCACGUUAUGGCAUAUGCAUGGGAGCUAAUACACCUUCAGAUUCGUCAGUUUUAAUACAUAAUCCAACAAGAAAAGAGAUAACAGAAAGAACAGCUACAUUACAGAAUAUUUUAAAAUCUUUAAAGACAAAAUCUGUCAAAUUUGUGACUAUAUGUAGAUCAUCACGAGAUGGAUAUACUCCUAGACGAUUUUUUAAACUCAUAGAAUCUGAUAUAAUGGCAUCACUUAAUAAGACAUUCAGCAAUAACUGUGUAGCUCAUUAUGAUGGAGGACUAUUGGGUGGGAUAAAGGGAUGGAUUUCAAGACCAAAAAUUGUUAUUAAACACUGAUUCAGCAAAAGUAUUUUUUAGAUGAUCUGGCAUAAUAUUUGUUACUGUUCUAUUUUUAAUGAUUUUUGUAUUAAAUACAUGUUACAACUUAA